CGGGAGGGAACAGCAAUUACUGGGAAGGUGAGCUCCGAUGCUGGGGAUUCUGCUAAACCGCCGAAAGCGAGCCACUUGGAUGGCGCUGAGGCGAGCUCAUACCCCGCAAAAACGCCGCUCGGCCCUGAGAUUUACGCAAGCAGGCGAGACAGCUGGAAAACGAGCUUGACCUGAAGCUGAUCUCAUUCAGCAAACUGUGCACCAGUUACAGCAGCUCGCGGGAUGCUCGCCGCGGAGACAGUUCAGACACCACACCCCUUCUCAAUAACUCCACCCAGGACAGGAUGUUUGAGACCAUGGCUGUAGAGAUCGAGCAGCUCCUCGCCAAGCUCACAGGGGUGAAUGACAAGAUGGCAGAGUACGCCAGCACGUCUGGGGUGACAUCGCAGAAUGCAGCUCUCAUGCACACCCUGCAGAGACACAGAGAUAUUCUGCAGGAUUACACACACGAGUUCCACAAAACCAAAGCCAACUUUCUGACCAUCAGAGAAAGGGAGGACCUACUGGGAUCUGUCAGGAAGGAUAUCGAGACCUUCAAGAGCGGCACGGGGGUGAACAACCGGCGAACGGAGCUGUUCCUGAAGGAGCACGAGCACCUGAGGAGUUCAGAUCGACUGAUUGAAGACACAAUAAGCAUCGCCAUGGCGACCAAGGAGAACAUGACGUCCCAGAGGAGCAUGCUGAAGUCCAUCCAGGGGCGUGUCAACACACUGGCCAAUCGUUUCCCAACAAUCAACAACCUCAUCCAGCGGAUUAACCUGAGGAAGAGGCGGGACUCGCUAAUCCUGGGUGGGGUCAUCGGCGUCUGCACCAUACUGUUGCUGCUCUAUGCAUUUCAUUGACUGACAGAAGGAACGACCAAUCCCUUUGGGGUGUCCUGCGAGUCGUGUGUGAGCCGUUGAGGUGGACCCAGCAGAAGGCGGCCCGGCCCACAAGACCAAAGCCCAGCUGAUUUCCUGUAGUCAGCUCGGACUGGGCGGGGCUUGGGGGGUUAAAGGGUGACUCGGAUGUGUUUUUGGUUUUCUAUGCACAUACAAAAGCUCUCGUGAGCCGACUGUGAGGAUCCCGGACUUAUGUCACCUUGAUUUUGGCUUUUAAACAUAUGAAUGUAGAAUCACACUCUCCGCUCAGCGUUGAUUUGAUGCCCCUCAGCAGAUGUUCAUCACAGAGUAAAUAAUUUAUUUGUGUAAGUGAGACCCAUGUGGACGUAUCCAGCCUUGGCGCUGAAUUUGACGUCCGCUGGCUGAUUUCUGACAUGGAGCACUGGUGUUUUCUGUAAAUACAGCUUAACUGUGACACUUC